AUGUCUCAAGUUCCAACCAUUCCAGCGCAGCAGAAGGUGCUCUUCGUCAUGACGAAGCAAGGCGCUCUGGAAGUGCAAGAUGCGGACAUCGCUCAACUCGACCCCGGAGAAGUGCUCAUCAAAGUCGAGGCUGCGAUUGUAAACCCCGUGGACUGGAAGAUCUAUAAGGCAGGAUUGUGGUUCCCGGACUCCGCUUACCCGAUGGUCAUCGGCUUCGAAGGGGCAGGGACGGUGACUGCUGUUGGAUCCGACGUCUCCCAUCUGGAGGUUGGGGAUAGAGUCGCAAUGUCCGGUCACCUGAAAAACAAGACCAGCUUGUUCCAGCAGUACGCCUCUAUCCGUGCAGACAUGGUUCCAAGGAUUCCCUCUAGCAUUUCGUUUGACGGCGCAGCGGCGAUGAUUGGAUCCUUCUGGAACGUCGCGAUCUCCCUCUACAACCCCCACGAGAAGGCGACCGGCCUCCGGCUCACUCCGCCUUGGACCGCAGAAGGGCGCGGCAAGUUCUCUGGCCGCGCGGCGCUCGUCAUGGGCGGCACCUGCACCUGGGACGGCCUCGCUCCCCUCCAAUGCCUCCGCGCGUCCGGGUUCUCUCCCAUCGUCGUCGCGGCUGACACGGACAGCUUCACGCUCGUCCUGGAGGCAGGCGCGACGCACGUCGUCGACCGGUCUCUUCCUCCCGACGCGCUCCUGGAGGAGGUCACGAAGAUCGCAGGGAAACGCGCGGACGUCGUGUUCGACGCGAUCUCGCGCCCGGAGACCCAGAACGCGGCGUACCACCUCACGGCGUCGGGCGGCAGCGUCUUGUUGGUUUGCCCAAAUGCGAUCGAGGAGGCACAGAGAGUGAAGAGGGAGGGCGAGGGCGAGGCGAUUAACGUUGUCGAUGUGCACGCUCUGCCGACGCUGCCGGCGAACGUGGGGUUCGGCCCCGAGCUUGUGCGCGGGUUCGAGACACUUGUGGCGGAGGAGUCCCUCUCGCCUGUGCCGAUUGAAGUGCUCCCGGAUGGGUUACGCGGCGUAGCAGCUGGAAUCACGCGGCUAGAGGCGAAGCCGGAGGGUGGGACUAAACUGGUCAUCCAUCCGCACGAGACCGUAUAG